AUGUCAGUCGAAGCAAAAACAUUCACAAACAAAUCUAAUGGCGAAACAUUCACAAAAGGCACUUAUAACGAUAUUGAAGUCUUACGUAGAGACAAGGAUGGUUACAUUAAUGCAACAAAGAUGUGUCAGCAGUUUAGGAAAGACUUUAGAAAGCUGUUGGAAAAUAAGUCCUGGGAAGAGUAUUAUAAGGCAUUUUGUGAAGAAUAUAGCAACCGCCGGAAUUCCGACGGUUGUUUUUUAUACAAAAUUCAUGCGGGAAUUUCUGAUGAAAUCAAACAGGUUAGAGGAACGUAUGUAGACCCAAGACUUAUAAACUAUAUAACAAUGUGGGCUUCUCCAAAAUAUUGCAUAGCAGUUGGAAAAAUUAUGGACUCCAUAGACAAGAAAGUUCAUGAGAAAUUAGAUGAAGAAGAACUCGAAGAUACA